AUGACGAAUAAGGAGAAAAAUGGCAAAAUGCCAAAGGAAAGAUCGAAAGUAGACAGUUGCAACGCGAUAGCAAGGAUUUUGAAGGACUUUUGUAGCUGUUCAGAAAACGCUGCUUGGUCGCCUGAUAUGACAUCGGAGAGAAAAGGGCCGUUUUUGAAAAGUGAGCUUACAAACAUGUCAGGCAUGCGCCGGCGCAUCAUGACAUUAGCGAAGAGAAAAAAUAAAAAUGUGUCACCCGAACCCAAAUUAAGUCGUGAUACAUUUGACAAGUCUGAAACUCUUACAUCGAACCUAAUAAAUACAACAGUAAGCUCCCAUAAUAGCACCAUAAGGAGAAAUAUUGAUAAUUUUCUGAUUUCUAGACGAAUGGUCGCCUUAGAUGAAGAUUUGUAUGAAAAACCUAUUCAAGUUCAAGUUAAAAACUCAUCGUGUGGUGAUAACUGGUCUUUGAGUAAAGCUUGGAAAAACAAUAAUUUGGAUUUCUUUAGUCGAUCACCAAGUUCAGACUCUAAUCGAUUAAUUGAAAGGAAAGCCACUUUGGAGAGAAUUGAUGAGGUGCCAAAAAGGAAAAAGCGGGAUAGAAAAUUAAAAGAACAAAUAAGGUAUGAUAGAAAUAUCAAACGUCAUAUAAGAAUACGGGUUAUGUUGUCUCUGAGGAUGCGACGAUACGUAAAAAAGAGGUUAAGAAAACAAAACAUGCCCGCAAAUCAAACAGCCCACGUUCCUCCUAGAAAGUUUAUCCGUGGCGCCCCAGCGGUUUCAAGCUUUGGUACAAGGUCGUACAGAAGUGUUAUGACUGAUAAGAAUAGUGAUGGGACAGUGUUGUUCGAUAUUCAUGAAGCUAGAAAUUCUACGUUAGAAUUGUGCCACGAUUAUAGUGAGGACCUCGAUACAUUGGAUAUCGCCUUACGCGCCGGAAAUUUUAGGAGCGGUCGGUUAGCUGUCGAGGGUUGGUGGUGCGGGCGCGCAAUGGCCGGUGGGCGUGCAAACAACGGAGCCCUAGCGCUGCACUAUGCAGCUGCUCGGGGCUGUCUAGAUUGCGUGCGGUUGUUGGCGAAUACUACACCGGAUGUAUCAUUACUAGAUCGUUACAAUGCUUUGGUCACAGCUCUAAUAGAUCCACUGAAGCGCAGUGAUGUAUAUGGUCUUCUGGUCAGCAUAUUACAUAGCUGUUUA